UUUAACCAUAUGUUAUAGUUUGGUGCUAUUCUACGAGUAGGACUAAUAGUUUUCUUGGGGGUAACAGACGAUGGUGAACACGAAUCAGCUAGCAGAGAUGAUGGCCACUAUGGCCCAGGCAAUGACUAACCAAGCGAAUGACAAUGCUUUGAGACGUGCUGCGGAGGAAGCGCGUGAUCAACACCAGCGUCAGAGGGAGGCGACCCUGGACCAGAAUAGAGGGUUGAAUGACUUCAGGAGACAGGAUCCGCCUAAGUUUUCGGGAGGUACUGACCCGGACAAAGCGGAACUCUGGAUAGAGGAGAUUGAGAAGAUCUUUGGAGUGUUACAGACUGCUGAGGGAGCCAAGGUGGGGCUGGCAACCUAUCUGUUGUUGGGAGAUGCUGAAUACUGGUGGAGAGGCGCCAGAGGAAUGAUGGAGGCAAAUCAUGUGGAGGUGAACUGGAAUUCUUUUCGAACUGCUUUUCUCGAGAAGUAUUUCCCAGACAGUGCUCGUGACGAGCGUGAAUCACAGUUUCUGACUCUGAAACAAGGAAGCAUGACCAUUCCGGAGUAUGCUGCCAAGUUAGAGUCUCUGGCAAAGUACUUUCGGUUUUUCCGUGAUCAAGUUGAUGAACCCUACAUGUGCAAGAGAUUUGUGAGGGGAUUGAGGCCUGAUAUUGAAGAUUCGGUGAGACCAUUGGGGAUCAUGAGAUUCCAGGCAUUGGUUGAGAAGGCAACUGAGGUGGAAUUGAUGAAGAAUCGGAGAUACAACAGGGCUGGAACAGGAGGACCGGUGAGGUCGACACCACAGAGUUUUCAGGGAAAAGGGAGGUUUCAGGCGAGGAAGCCAUAUCAACGUCCUGCGGGGAGAGGGUUUACCCCGGGAUCUUACAAGCCGAUGACUGGUGCUGCUACUUCUGGAGGGUCGGGAAGCCGUCCCCAAAAUCGUGAAGUGACUUGUUUCCGGUGUGGAGGAACGGGACACUAUGCAAACAAUUGCACGAGGCCACCAAGAUGCUACAAUUGCAACAAAUCUGGGCAUCUGGCUACGGAAUGCAAGGCACCGAAGGUUGAACCGGCUGUGAAUGCUGUUAGUGGGAAGCGCCCAGUGGCGAAGGGAAGAGUGUAUACCAUGGAUGGAGAAGAAGCUGAAGGAGCUGAUGGGUUGAUCAGAGGGGAAUGUGAAAUUGACGGUAAUCUUCUAACUGUACUCUUUGAUUCUGGUGCAACUCAUUCAUUUGUCUCUAAGGAUUGCGUAUCAAGACUGCAUCUGCCUAUUACUACUUUGAGUUUUGAUCUUAUGGUAACUACACCUGCUAGGACUCUAAUUGCUAAUGCCGCAUGCAUGCACUGUUCAGUAGUAUAUAAAGAUAGAACUUUUCAUGCCAACCUAGUAUGUCUACCCCUUAAAAACCUAGAUGUAAUCCUAGGGAUGGAUUGGUUAUCCCACUACCAUUGUCUUUUGGACUGUAGUCGAAAGAAAGUGGUGUUCCCAGACUCGGAUCUUUUCGAGUACCUUUCUAUUAACCACAUUAGUGCGUCGUUGAGCGAGGGCACUCAGAAGUACUUUUCAUUGCUAAGUCUGGAGGGGAAGAAGGAAUCGAAUAUUCAAGGUAUUCCGGUGGUUCGAGAUUUUGCGGAUGUUUUUCCUGGAGAUGUACCUGGACUGCCGCCUGUACGCGAUGUGGAGUUUGUGAUCGACAUUGUACCCGGAACUGGACCGAUUUCGAUUGCACCUUACCGUAUGGCACCUGCGGAGUUAGCGGAGUUGAAAUCUCAGUUGGAGGAUCUUUCGGCAAAAGGAUUCAUUCGACCAAGUGUUUCACCGUGGGGAGCGCCAGUGUUGUUAGUUAAGAAGAAAGACGGAAGGUCGAGAUUGUGUGUGGACUAUCGACAACUGAACAGGGCGACGAUCAAGAACAGAUACCCGUUGCCGAGGAUAGAUGAUUUGAUGGAUCAAUUACGAGGGGCUGCUGUAUUUUCGAAGAUAGAUUUGAAGUCAGGCUAUCAUCAGAUCAGAGUGAAGACUGAGGAUAUACCGAAGACUGCAUUCAGAACACGCUACGGACACUACGAGUACCUAGUGAUGCCGUUUGGAGUGACAAAUGCACCUGCUGUCUUCAUGGAUUACAUGAACCGCAUCUUUCAUGAAUUCCUAGAUCGGUUUGUGGUGGUGUUUAUUGAUGAUAUACUGAUAUACUCGAAGGAUGCAACGGAACAUGAAGGACAUUUGCGCCAAGUUCUACAAGUGUUGAGAGAAAAGAAGCUGUAUGCGAACCCUUCCAAGUGUGAAUUC